UAAGACCAAAAACUAGAGAACAAAAGUCUUUAUACUCUCCUCUUCUCUUCUUCUAUUGCUUUGCUAUUGUGUGAUUGAUUAUUGGAGAGAGAGAGAGAGUGAGAGGUUGAGAGAAACCCACCUCAGUUUUCGCUUUCUAGGAAACAGGUUGAAUAGAGCAGUUUUCUAGAGAGUGAGUUACUUCUGAGGAGAAAGAAACAAAAAAAGAAAGCUAUAUCUCCAAAGAAGAAAGAAAGAAAAGAGAUCGAAGAUUGAUGAUGAUGAUGAUAGGAGAGGAGAAAGGUUCACGACACUAGCACUUGAAAAUCAAAAGAAACAAAGUGGAAAAAAAAAUAAGAGAAAGAGAAAAAAGGAACAUCAUCAGUUGUGGCUACUACAAGGAGACUGCCUUCAGAUUCUGGUGCCUUUGCAGACUGGGUGGCUUCAUCCUCCUCUGCCGCAGCCGCAGCCGCCGCCGCUGCAGCUGGCCGUCCCACAGUUCCAGACGAUCUAUCACUCAGCUUCAAUGCUGGGCCUACCACCGGAGCCACCUCCUCCUCCGCUAUGUGGUCCGGCCCAUCUUCAAGGUCCAUCAACUACGGCCUUCCACCAGAGAUGGGUAUGGUGGGUCUUCGAGACGUCUUUGUCGUCGCACCGGCUUCUUCUUUCCACCACAACAACCACCACCACCACCACCACCACAACCACAACCUCAACCACGACCCCAACCUCAUCUCCGACCACUCCCUCAACGGCUCCAACUCUGCCACCGCCCUCGGCGUCGGCGUUGGUGUUGGUGUAAUCCCACUGCUCACAGCAGCUCCUUGUCUCGGUCCAUUGCAGCUGGACGAGGCUGCCUCAGCUGCCGAAGCCAAUGCACUCGGCUCCUCCGCUGCGGCUCGAAGCCGAAGCGGCGGAAUUCAGUUGUGGCAGAGUCAGAAUCAACAAGCAGCGGCGAUUUCGGCGACUCAGCCGCAACUCCAUCCGCAUUUCUUCAAGAAGCCCUCGAUUCUCGACCACGGAAACAGCGGAAUCGGGGGUAAUUUUGUAAAUCAGGGCGGUGGAGGAGCCGGAAUUGUUGGGUCUGGAUCGACGUCGUCCUCCACAACGACGUGCCAAGAUUGUGGGAACCAGGCCAAAAAAGACUGUACCCAUAGAAGGUGUAGAACUUGUUGCAAGAGUCGCGGUUUCGAGUGCUCCACGCACGUGAAGAGCACUUGGGUCCCGGCCGCUCGGAGGAGAGAGCGUCAGCUCAUGACUACGGCCGGUCCUGGUGGCGGAGCCGGACCUGGGUCUUCCGGGUCGACCUCGGGGGCCAAGAAACCUAGACUUAUAACCUCCCAAACAACUUCUCACACUUCUACUUCCAAUACUACUCCCCCUAGAAGCUUCGACACCAGCUCAAGUCACCAAGAUGCGAGCUUCAAAGAAACGUUGCCGGGUCAAGUACGUGCACGGGCGGUGUUCAAGUGCGUACGAGUGACAGCUGUGGAGGAUGGCGAAGACGAGUAUGCUUAUCAAGCGGUUGUUAAGAUCGGUGGUCAUGUUUUCAAAGGCUUUUUAUACGAUCAAGGCGUCGAAACCCGCGAUAGUUUUCCGAAUCUUUCAGAAUUGCAUUUGGGUGGCGGUGGGGGUGGGGGUGGCGGAGGAGGAAGAAAUGGGGCGUCAACUUCUUCGUCGCCCAUGCUCGAUCCCUCCGAUGUUUACGCAGCCACAACAGCAGGAUUGCUCGGAGGUUCCACCUAUGGUAAUCCAAUAAAUUGAUCAAAUGUUGCGGUUAUUGGGAAUGAAAAUAACAUUCUUAGUGUAUUUUUUUUUUAAAUUUUAUUUUCGUUCCUUCAUAUUUUGCCUACUAAUUAAUGAUUUUAUGUUGAUAAAUUUGUAGACUUGCAUUUCAUUACACAUGUUUUUUUUACCAUUAUUAUAUUAACUUCUUUGUUUGCCAUCCUAUAUAUAAUAUAUAAAUAGAUUGUUAUAUCA